AUGGCACUCUCUAUAAAUCGAACUCUAAAGGGUCACAAAGCGUCGUACAAGCUACUCGAAAUCCUCAAAGAACCCUCGGUUUUUAAAGCCUCCAUCAUCCCAUCAGCCGAGAGCUCGCAUGUCGCUGCCAGCAAUAGGCCUUAUGUUGUGAAGGAUCUCCUUAUGGAGCGGGAGCUCCGCGCCCAUCAGCUACCGGUUAUAAAAGAAUGCCCUUAUAUUCGCCAAGUAGUGGACGUCAUCGAGAAAGAUGAACACGACGACUGGAGCCCAUCACCCUCGAAAAUACAGAAGCGAUUGGUUCUGGAAUGGAUGGACACAGAUUUGUGGAAAAUUUGCCCAUUUGGCCGACCGUUUUCGAAUCCAAGGCUACCUCAAAUUGUUACCAGAUCGAUUCUUGAGGCGCUGCUGGUAUUCCAGCAGAUGAAGGGUGUGCAUACAGAUGUUAAUCCAAAUAACAUCUUUCUAUCCAACAUCGACACCUCUUUGCCUAUCGUUAAGCUAGGUGAUUUGGACAAUGCAUUUUCGGAGGGCAUUGCCAAGAAUAACCCUGGUGCUCAGACUGACGAAACACGCGCUCCUGAGGUGUGGAAGGGCCUAGGAGUAUGGCAUCCAUCUGAUAUGUGGUCUUUGGGGGUGACUCUUACACAUUGGCUUAUGUCGGACACCCUAUUUGGGUCUUGGGACAAGAUCAUUGAAGGAAACCAUACGGCGUGGUGCCUCGCAAAAUACACCGGCUUGUCGGCCCUAUCGAUAUACCCGAAACUCCAGAGUAUAAAGAAGACUUUGAAAUGGCCGCAGCACUGGCUGUAA